GGGAAGAAGAGGCGGGUCGGCAGUGGAACAUUGAGAGCUCAGUGCAGUGGAAGCAGAGGCGGAAGUGUCGACAGAGAACACAAAGGAAAUCCGGAGAAUUUUGAAGCUUCAGCUGUUAUAAUGAGCUCAGCAGAAGAUAGACAGUGCUUCUCAAGGAAGUCUGGGGCUCCUGAUCCCUCACAGCUGUGUGAGGACAUGAAAACAGAGACUUCAGAUGGAGAGACAGCCGAAGCAUCAGAAGUCUGUGUGAAGAAGGAAGAGACGCUGGAGCUGAACAUCUACAACCAUGGAGACGAUCUCAACAACCCACCUGAAGGUCUCUCCAUUAAAGAGGAAGAGCCUGACAGUAAAGACUACCUCUACUGUGAAGUUUGCAAAACCUUCUUCUUCAACAAGUGUGAGCUUCAUGGAUUUCCCCUCUUCAUCCCUGAUACUCCUGUUCCCAUGGGAGUCCCUGACCGAGCCAGGAAAACUCUUCCUCCUGGACUAGAGAUUCGGAAGUCUGGUAUUCCUGGUGCAGGCCUGGGAGUGUUUAAUAAGGGGGAGACGGUUCCAGUAGGUGCGCACUUCGGACCUUACCAGGGAAGGUUGAUAGAUGGAGAGGAAUCCAUGAGCAGUGGAUACUCCUGGGUGAUAUGCAGGACCAGGAAGUGUGAAGAAAACAUAGAUGGCAAAAGAGACAUGCAUGCUAAUUGGAUGAGGUAUGUGAAUUGCACCUGUAAUGAUGAAGAACAGAAUCUUGUAGCAUUUCAGUAUCGAGGGGGAAUUCUGUAUCGUUGCUGUCGACCCAUUAACCCAGGACAGGAGCUCUUGGUGUGGUAUGAAGAGGAGUAUACCAAAGAGCUCAAUCUUUCAUUUGACUUCCUCUGGAACAAAAAUUGCUCCAUGAAUGGAGAAAAGUCAUAUCACUGCUCACAGUGUGGAAAGAGUUUUACUCAGCAGAGUACUUUCCAAAACCACCAGUGCAUUCACAGAGGAGAGAAGCCGUAUCACUGUUCACAGUGUGGAAAGAGUUUUACUAUACAGAGUCAACUCCAAAUACACCAGCGCAUUCACACAGGAGAGAAGCCGUAUCACUGCUCACAGUGUGGAAAGAGUUUUGCUAUACAGAGUCAACUCCAAAACCAUCAGCGCAUUCACACAGGAGAGAGGCCCUAUCACUGCUCACAGUGUGGAAAGAGUUUUACUAUACAGAGUCAUCUCCAAAUACACCAGCGUGUUCACACAGGAGAGAGGCCCUAUCACUGCGCACAGUGUGGAAAGAGUUUUACUCAGCAGUAUCACCUCCAAAUACAUCAGCGCGUUCACACAGGAGAGAAGCCAUAUCACUGCUCACAGUGUGGAAAAAGUUUUACUGUACUCAGUAAUCUUCAAACACACCAGCACAUUCACACAGGACAAAAGCCGUAUCACUGCUCACAGUGUGGAAAGAGUUUUACUCAACAGAGUCAUCUCCAAACACACCAGCGCAUUCACACAGAAGAGAAGCCGUAUCACUGCUCACAGUGUGGGAAGAGUUUUAACCAACAGAGUAAUCUUCAAAAACACCAGCGCAUUCACACAGAAGAGAAGCCGUAUCGCUGCUCACAGUGUGGCAAAAGUUUUAACCAACAGAGUAAUCUCCAAAGACACCAGCAUGUUCACACAGGAGAGAAGCCGUAUCACUGCUCACAGUGUGGAAAGAGUUUUACUCAACAGCGUCAUCUCCAAACACACCAGCGCAUUCACACAGGAGAGAAGCCGUAUCGCUGCUCACAGUGUGGGAAGAGUUUUACUCAACAGAGUCAUCUCCAACAACACCAGCGCAUUCACACGGAAGAGAAGCAGAGUCGCUGCUCACAGUGUGGAAAAACAUUUACUCAUUCAGUUAUAUUUCAGACCCACAAGUGCUCUAACUUGGAGACAUUGCAUGAUUUGAAGUUGUCAAAUUAAUUAUGUUUAUUACAGAACAUGAUCUCUAUUUUAAAAUGUAUUUUCAUUGUAUUUUGACUUUCUGUUGAUGGUAAAACAUGCAGUCUUAUAGUGGAGCUCCCUGUGCAGAAAGAGUGCAGAGCAGAGCCCUAUACUUAAUAGAAAUGCAAAAUAAAUCGAUCUGAAUUUUGAUGGCUUUGACUGUAGGACAAACAUGUACCAUCACAGGGAACCUGAUCAUAAAUGCAAGGCAACGUAUCUCAUAAACACUUGACAACCAGACAAUGAAAUUUCUAUCUUUACUUACAUAAGAUGGGUUUUAUCCAACAAUUAUUUUUAAUUUGCUUUUUUUAAAAAUAAUAUGGACUUAUUUACGAACAUUUUACAGAAAAUAUUCACAACCGUUUCAUAUAAAAGGGUAGUAAAUGGAUGUAAUCACAGGAAAAAUUUUAUUGAAAACACGCGAGCAAACAGAUCCAAAACAGGCAGUGGUGGCAUGAGGCACAGACAGGAUAUCAGAGGGGUACAAUACUCACAGUCCAAAAACACAAGCAGGGUCACAACCAGAAAAAUGACACAAAAGAUUUUUGCAAAAUCUUUGUGUUAGAUUAGAUAAAACUUUAUUGAUCCCUUUGGGUGGGUUCCCUCAGGGAAAUUAAGACUCUGGUGGGUGUCCCCCAGGCACCCAGCAGAGUCACACCAUAAUAAAUGUGGUGGUGGUGUUUCUGGUGCAUGGCAUGCAAUGUCAAAGAAAGGAACAGAUACUCAUCGCAGUUAUGAAUAUGUAUCUCAUUAUUGGCAUCACUGUCACAAGGCAAUGCAGUGAUUUAUUGAAGUGAAAUACACGACACUACACAAUCUGAUGGUUCAUAUGCUGUAAUUGUAUUCUAUUCAGGUUGAUUUUGUGCCUUUGCAAAUAUGUUGCUCAUUCGCUCAUCAGGAGCUCCGCUUUUAGGUACUGACUAAAUAUCUAUAUUGAUGAUGUUUAAAAUAAGAUUCUUGAUGUUUUCUUUCAGCCUUAAGUAGUUGACGUUAUUACCACACAAGUCAUGCCUUCACAACAGUUUUUUCAGUGUUCUACUGCAGCAUUAGACUAAAACAGAGCCAGUGAGAUACCAGAACGUUUGUCAAUAAACUCGAGUCACAAACA